UCAGUAGCACGCGCGGAAAAGACUGCGUCUCAACCAUCCCAACAGUACGGUUAAUAAUCGAGGAUUGGAUCCCAUUUCAUCCAGAUGACGAUGGAGACUGCUUACAGCAAUUUUUCAGAAGAGGACGACGACGUCAGGCGAUACAAUGCAGAAAUGACUGAGCAGGAAGGAAGUUACGAGCCACCUGCAGUCUGGUGUAUUUCUGCUGUCCUGCUCGUGUCGAUUGCGGUCGGGAUAGCCAUCGUGCUCGUCGUAAUGUAUCAGGAGAGGAACACAGCAACAGAGAUCAUCACCCCUGAUUCCCGUCAAAGCGGUCAAAAUAAGAAGUCCCGCACUAGGUACACUCCUGAAGGAAACUUGGACUGGACCCCCACAUCUCCAGUGGCGAACGGAACAGCGCGUCCAUACCGCCUGCCAAGGGAAGUCCAGCCCAUCGGAUACAAUCUAACGAUCUGCAUCGAUAAAGAUGUGAAUGCAACCAAGUUCACUGGCAAAGUGGACAUCCUGAUCGCUUGCACGACACCAACGUCCACCAUCUCUCUUCACACCCACGAGGACAUGCAACUAAAUGCGAGCUUCAGCGACAACAUCAUUGUCCUCGGCUACAAGAGGACGAAAGACGUCGUCGCAGUCACAUUGAACAAGAGACUGCGACGUGGAAAGCGCUACAGUCUGAGCCUACAAUUCGAGAAUACAUUCUUACCAGGUGGGGAGUUUGGUUUUUUCACCGAUCAUCAGCUGCCUGACAAGCGCAUCACUUACGCGACAAUAUUUGAACCUAUUGGAGCGCGGCACGCUUUUCCGUGCUUCGACGAGCCUGACUUGAAAGCCACCUUCGACAUAAGCCUGCUGCAUUCACAGAGCCUACGCGCCAGCAGCAACAUGCCCAUCAUUCGUUCCACACCAGUUGGCGCAGACAUGACCCUGGACACCUUCGAAAAAACGCCCGUGAUGUCUACCUACCUUGCAGCGUGGGUAGUUUCAGACUUCAAGGCAAAGACAAGAGGCAGGGUGACCGUGUGGGGCAGCAGAGACGUGGGCGAUGAAGAGAUGGAAAGGACCCUGAAUUAUACGAUCCAAUCUCUAGAGUACUGCGAGGACUUCUUCGGAAUCAAGUACGACCUCCCAAAGUUAGAUAUCGUCGGCAUCAGCGCCCUCAGUGUGUCAGGAAUGGAAAAUUGGGGGUUGAUAAUAGCAGAGGGACAUUCGCUCUUUGGGCUUGAGUACUUUUCGUGGCCGGCGGUGGUAACUAUCCUGCACGAGGUUAUUCACCAGUGGUUGGGGAACCGCAUAACGAACACCUGGUGGAACGACAUAUGGGUACAAGAGGCCCCAACGUACUACCUCGAAACGCGUACGCACAUUUUGGACCCGGAUCAUUACAGCGGAGCAUCUUUAUUGGGAAACAGUUUUGGAUUCAGUGACUUUAAAUAUUCUCGGCCCUUGCUCUUCCCAGAAACUAGCCCGUUCAUUAACAAAGUAAAUGAUGACCUCAACAAUGCUGUAGCCUUCAGUGGCCAUCCGAGGGCUCACUUCUUGAUCCGCAUGAUCCACUUUUUGCUGGGCGAUGCAGAGUUCAGAGCCGCUCUAUCGGCUGUCGUGAGGAAGUACGAUAAGAGCAACCUGAACGGCUAUGAAUUUUUGCGGACUAUGACCGAGGGUCAAACGAGUGAACCGAAAGUGGACAUAUACGGUCACAUGUUGUCCUGGUUCGAGAGUGACGGGAUCCCAGAGCUCUAUUUCUACAGGAACUACAACAAUCAGACGGUGACCGCCACACAAGGACCCCCUGGCAAGCCAUCAAGUCAUCUGUACCACAUCCCUAUCGUCUACCCUGACAGCAGGCGACCCGAUAUGGUCUAUCCCAUCAGGUAUAACGACAUCUACUGGAUGACACACGUCCAGGAAUCUUUCAGCCACCAACGUGACAACCAAAGUGCCCUAUUUAUAAAUCCUGGCAUGAUUGGCUACUUUGUUAUAAACUACGACGAAUACAACUGGGCGCUCAUCGGACAAUUUCUCACCAAGAACCCAAACAUGAUGGAUCCGGGAUUGAUUAGGCAACUGCUCGCCAGUAGUUUUCACUUUUACAGGGCAGGCCAGACAACCAUAGCCAGCCAUCUCUGGAUCUGGAACUGCCUGAAGAACGUGGCUGAUAUGAUGUACUGGUUGCCGUCCAUGCCAUAUAUACGUGCUGUGGACGGCUACCUGGCUGGACUGGACAGUGACGGCAGCUACGGCGAUCGACUUAUAGAGAUCAUGUACCAGUUAAUCCAGACGAUAUCGUUUAGUACGUCAGGGAAUUCCCCCAUUGUGGACCGGCAACUGACUGUCAGCACUGUAAAAGAUCUGCUGUGCGUCCUAGAUCGCCCAGAAUGCGUCCAACCUGUCCUGGGAUUUUGGAAUAAUGAAGAGCCUCUACUGAACGAUUACACUGCCUUCCGAAAGUCUUUAGGUCCCCUCCGGGGCUUGGAUGAAGUAGCUUUGUGUGUCAUUGUGAGACACACGAAUUUCACAACUUGGACGAGGAUUAAGUCAUGGGUUAAUACAACUGCUCCAACAGGCCAGGAGCCGUGGCAGGUCUUUGGCCUCAUGUGCUCAAAUGACGACGAUACACUGAAGAGAAGCCUGGAUUUUGUCAUGGCAAACGUACCUGGGUGGCCACCCGCUCAGGCUGUCCCCAGGUGGCCAAUGAAGUUCCGUAGAGCCCUUCUUGAUUAUUUCUUGAACCUGGACUUCGCUAAGGGGGUUGCAGCAGCAGGGUUUGGUAACCGUACAGUGCACCUCGUCCAGGACUUCGUUGAAAAUGAUAAUGACCUUAACAAGUUGAAGCAACAGCUGCAGGUGCUUUAUCCUUCGGGCGACGAAGCUUCUGCCCAUAUUGAAGCUGCGACUGCAAAGCUGCGGAAAAAACAGCGGGAUCUCCCACACAUUAAGCGGUGGUUAAUGCGCCAGCUGCCACUACUGUAGUGAAUAUAUUAUGCACGAAAGGUCACGCGAAGGUCACGAGACAGUUCAGGUUGUUCAACAUGUAUAAUAUAUCUAUGAACGUAUAUACCAAUGA